UUUAAGUUUUCUUUCUUGCAUUUAAAAUUACCCUAUAUAUAAUGUCUCCCCCUUUCAAAAUUACGUACCAUCGCUCUCUGAUUGAUUUUCUGUGUAUAAUUGAGGAGAGAGAUCCUUUGAUUUCACUCUAAAUUUUGGAUCUAGGGCCUUCAAUUAAGGAUUUCAUCAUCGAACAGAGAUUUGAAUUACAAAUCAACAUAAAUUUUGUUUAUGUUUACUUGGAAAUUAAAGUUGUAAUGGAACAUCGUCCUCCUAUUGACGAAGAUUUUAUCGUUGAUCUCGAGAGUGGCACCAUUGAAGAACGAAUCCCUAAUCCCCAAUCUGAUGAAAAUCUAGCAAGAAACGAUUUCAUUUCCACCAGAUUAUGUGACCAAUUGAAUGUCGAUCCAUUAAAUGUGAAUGUGGUAAUCGACUCAAAGAUAGAAGGAGAUUCGACAAUGAAGAAAAUGGGGAAAGAGAAACGUAAAAAGUCGUGUUCAAGUGCUAAAAAACCACCUAAACCACCACGUCCACCUAGAGGCUUUUCUUUAGAUGCUGCUGAUCAGAAGCUUAUCAAAGAGCUUGCUGAACUUGCCAUGAUGAAAAGGGCAAGAAUCGAGAGGAUGAAAGCACUCAAGCACAAGAAAGCAUUAAAAGCUUCAUCUUCAUCAUCAAUCAGUGGUAGCUUGUUUGCCAUGAUCUUUACAAUCAUCUUCUUCCUAAUGAUAUUCCACCAAGGAAUGUCAUGCCAAAAUUCGAGUGUAACUUCUCAGGGUUCUCCUCAAACAGCUCAAACAAACGAAAAUGGUUUAGUAUUUACACAAGAACAACUCAAUCCAUCCGCUAGUGAUUCCAUUCUACCCGAUUCUAAAUCUUCAAGUUUUUUUCAAAAGAUUCCCGGUUCAGGUUUUGUUAGCAGGAAAGUACUUUCGUCUAGUGUUAUGCAAGACAAGAGAAAACAAAACAGUAGCUAAAUAAAAAAAAUAAAAAAAAAACAAAAAGGUAGACUCCAUGUGGCAAUGCCUGUGACAACAAUGUUGUACCAUGUGUAUAGUAACGCGUUAUUUGUUAUGCGAUAUAUGACAUGAAAGAACAGAACAGCUGGACUGAGAAUCAGUAAGCAAAAUUAUGAUUUUUGUGGCACCCAAAAAGGUGUAACAUGGACUCGUUGCGGUCUGUGUUUUGUGCAAAAAGACGUUAAUGUCCUCCUCAUCGUCAAAAAAUUGCGAAAGUUUCAGUUUCCUCCGGUCCAGUACUACAAUUUAGUCUGGUUCUGUUAAGUAUUGUUUGUGUAACAAAAUUUAGUUUAAAGGAUAGUUUUUGUACUUAUUCUAAUUGUGCUAAUAGAACAGGGUUUUUUUUUUUUUUUUUUUUUUUUUUUUUUUUUUUUUUUUUUUUUUUAAUUAUGUAGAGAUGAGAAAUCGGCAAUUUAGCUGGAGUUGAGUUAGGUCUUUUUGUUUUGUAAUUAACAAGUUAAAUAAUAUGUAUUGUAGUCAACAAAAAUCGAGAUCUGAUAUCUAUGUAAAUCAGUUGAGUUCAAAUUUUUAAUAUCCCACUUAUAAGAUUCAGAUUUGCUUCUUAA